AAUUCAAACACUAGCCUCUUCCUUAAUCUUACAAGUCACAAGCUAGCAUCGACCACCAAAAAAUGGUUAAGAGUUUCAAACUCUUGGGUUUACUCAUCACCCUUACAACACUGCUACAAGCACUAACAGUGCUCGCUAGUGAUGCAAGUAGUAAUGCUAGCAAAGUGUUGCCAAUUCACAGUGAUUUUGUUAGUGUUGAUCUAAGAAACAAAUUUAUUCUCCAAGGAUCUCCUUUUCUCUUCAAUGGAUUCAAUUCUUAUUGGAUGAUGAGUGUUGCUGACAACCCUUCUGAUAUGCAUAAAAUCUCCGAUGUUUUCAGUCAGGCAGCCUCCGCAGGGCUUACCGUUUGCCGAACAUGGGCUUUCUCCGAUGGCGGUCCCGGAGCUCUGCAGAUUUCUCCGGGUGUUUAUGAUGAAAAAGUUUUUCAGGCACUUGACUUUGUGAUUGCGGAAGCAAGGAGAAAUAAAAUUUAUUUGAUACUAAGUCUUGUUAACAAUUACAAGGACUAUGGAGGAAGAGCACAGUAUGUACAGUGGGCAAGAGAUGCAGGAGAAGCAGUGAAUGGAGAAGAUGAUUUCUAUAUUAAUCCUGUUGUAAAACAAUAUUAUAAGAAUCAUGUCAUGAAAAUAUUAACAAGAAAGAACACCAUCUCAAAGGUAGUUUAUAAAGAUGAUCCUACAAUCAUGGCGUGGGAGUUGAUCAAUGAGCCUCGGUGUCAGAUAGAUCCUUCUGGCAAGACACUGGAUGCUUGGGUGAGAGAGAUGGCAGCAUACGCAAAGUCAAUAGAUGAAGGACACUUGCUUGAGAUAGGAAUGGAAGGGUUCUAUGGAGAUUCAAGACCAGAGAAGAAAACAUUCAACCAUGGAAUACAAGUUGGCACGGACUUCAUCAGCAGCCACCUUGUCCCACAAAUUGACUUUGCUACAAUCCAUGCAUACCCAGAUUUAUGGUUUCCCGAGCAAAAUGACACAGCACAAAUUGCAUUUGCAAGGGAAUGGAUGCGAAGUCACUGGGAUGAUGCUAGGACAAUAUUGAAUAAACCUCUAGUGCUGGCAGAGUUCGGCAAGUCCAAAAAGGACCCAGGGUACACAGUCCAUGGGAGGGACAUGUACAUGAGCUCCAUUUAUGAGGACAUUUAUGGGUUUGCAAUGAAUGGAGGAACAUUUGGAGGAGGGCUUGUUUGGCAAGUGUUUGGAGAAGGGAUGGAGUCAUAUUAUGAUGGAUAUGAGAUUGUUUUCUCUCAAAACCUGAGUACAAAUGUGGUUAUUAUUAAACAGUCUCAAGUGAUGGCAGUCUUGAGCCAUCAUUUGAGAACAAACCAGGAGGAGGAGAAGAAUGGUGAUGAGGAGAUGAAAAACAAAAAGAAUGAUGAGGUGAAGACAUGAUUGUGAGUUUAAUUUGGAGGUGAUGAUUAUUUUUAUUUAUGUAUUUAUAUGUA